UGUGGGUGCCUAUGUCCAUGUGCUCACAUAUAAAAGUCAGAGGAAAACAUUGGAUGUCUUGCUCUGUCGCUCUUCCUUAGUCCCUGGAGACAGAGCCACUCACUGAACCUGAAACUUGUGUUUUUGUUUGUUUGUUUGUUUGUUUGAGUUAGACUACCCGUGAUCUCCCUGUCUCUGUCCCUCUCCCCCCAGACUAGAGGAUUACAGGCCCAUGCUGCUGCACUUGACUUUUACAUGGCUGUUGGGGAGCCAAACUCAGGUCCUCAAGCUUGCUUAGUAAGCAUUCCUCCACUCUGUCACCACCACCCCCAGCGCCUUGAACUCCCUACACAUGGACUCUGCAGGUUCUAAUCAAGGAACCGCACAUUGUCAGGCAGCUUCAUUUGUUCUCUUGGAUGGCUACUAUUUGAACUCGGAUUUCCUCUUCUACUGCCAUGCCACAAUGCUGUCUCUGCCCUUCCAGGUCUCCACCCCAGGACAGGGACCACUCAUCUCGUGUCUUCUCUAUCACCAGCCUCGCCAGGGCCAGGGGCAGGGCCUCUGAGAAAGAGAAGCAAUAGACUCCCCCAGCCUUGGCACUGGGGACAACGCCUUAAAAGAGUCGAGGGUUGGCUUCUGCUCCGCCAUCUUCGUCAACAGAAAGAGGCUGAGAAGGGUCCCUGAGCCCAGCCUGCCAUCUUCCCUGGCUCUAGGUGGACAUGGACCAGCAGUUGUAAGCAGCCAAAGCUGAUGCCCGGCCCCCAGGGGGGCACAGGAGCCCCCACCAUGAGCCUGGGCAAGCUGUCUCCUGUCGGAUGGGUGUCCAGUUCCCAUGGGAAGAGGCGGCUGACAGCAGACAUGAUCAGCCCUCCACUUGGAGACUUCCGCCACACCAUGCAUGUGGGCCGUGGUGGGGAUGUCUUCGGUGAUACUUCCUUCCUCAGCAACCAUGGGGGCCGCUCUGGAAGCACCCACCGCUCACCCCGAAAUUUCCUGGCCAGGAAGCUCCAGCAGGUGCGCAGGGUGGGGGUGCCACCUCGAAGGACGGCUUCCCCGCCUGCACCCUCACCUGCCCCACCUGCCAUCUCGCCCAUCAUCAAGAAUGCCAUCUCUUUGCCCCAGCUCAACCAGGCCACCUAUGACAGCCUGGUGAUGAGCAAGCUCAACUUUGACAGCAGUCCUACCAGCUCCACAGAUGGCCGCUAUGGUUAUGGCCUGGAUUCUGGGUUCUGCACCAUCUCACGCUUGCCACGUGUGGAAAAGCACAGCAACCGAGACCGUGGCUGUGACCGGGACCAGGACCGGGAUCAUGUUCAAGACCAAGAGCAAAAUUCUUUCCCCUGUGAGCCAGAGCUUCGACGCUCUGACUCUCUCUUGUCUUUCCGUUUUGACCUUGACUUAGGCCCCUCCCUCCUCAGCGAGCUUAUGGGGGCCAUGAAUCUUUCAGAAGCCCCAGCAGCUGAGACCCCAAUCCCUGCUGCCAACCCUCCCACUUCAGCAGCAACUCCCCCUGCCCCUACUGCAAAACCCCCAGCCCGUGCCAUAACCACCCUAGACCCCGAGACAAGCCUCCCAGCUCCUGCAGCAAGACCCCCAUCCCAUGGACAUUUCCCCAAUGGGGUAACUGCUGUGUUGGACACUGUGGCUGAGACAAAGCCUAGUCCUGUUGGAGAGAAUCCCCAGGUACCUCCCAACAUGCCCUUUGGCAGGUGUGGAGCCAGCUGGGGGGCCAGCCGGGCCAGCCGCCACUACACUGAGAUGGAUGCUCGGCGGGAGCUGGCAGGGGUGCUACCACAAGUCCAUGGCUCCUGGGAGAGCCUGAAUGAAGAAUGGAGUGCACCGCCUACCAGUGGCAGGGCCCCAGUGCCCAGCACGGUGCAGGUCAAUGCCUUUGAAUUUGCUGAUGCUGAGGAAGAUGAUGAAGUCAAGGUGUGAGGGACUAGGCAUGGGCUCCAUGUCCUGCCAUCCUCAGGACUCAGAGAGCAGAGGGACUGAGCUCACCCACCAUCACCUAACUAGAUCUACCCAACCGGAGUUAGCCCAUAUCCUUCCUGGUCUAUGCAAAGCAGGCAUGGGUGAGGGGGUCCCUACUGACUUGACCCAACUCCCACCACUGCAUCUAGGCCCUUUGCCACACCCCAUGCCAACCCCAUGACCUCACAGUGUGGCUUUUGUGCCCCAGAUGCCUCCUGGGUGAGGUGGGGGUGGGAGGAGGACCACACAGGGCCAUUGUCUCUGAGUGGGACUGCCUGCCCCUGCUCAUUUAGAGCUGCCCCAGAAGGUCACCACUGUGUCCUCAAUAGCCCUAUUCCAGGCUCCUCGGUUCCCAGAGAAAGGUCAGGUGUGACCUUGCAGCAGAUUCCAUCUUGUGUGUACCGCAGACCUGCUGCCUGUGCCUAAACGUAAAAGCUUUUCUGAUAAAAGCUAACUGCCUAAGAAGCCAAGGGGGCAGCCCUGGCUGAGAUAUCCUUUCCUCUGCUGGGAGUUUGGAGAGUACAGGACUUCCUUUCAGGCCCCCCAGCUAGAAGGGGGGGGCAGACGCGGUAAUGAGUAACCAACCUGGAAUGCUCAAUGAUAAGAGGCCCAGGUGGGACCCUUAUCUGCAGUUCCUGGAACACCCUGGCCCCAGGUGCCUGGAACCAAUAUCUGCCCCAUAAUCCCACGGGGCAGCUUGGCAGGUGCUCAGGUCACCAGGAGGAAGGCAGGUUUACAUGUAUAGGGUGGCUCAGGGGCGCCUCCCAUCUUCUCUCCACAGUGCUACGCCCUGUGCCUCAGUUUUCAACCUUAUAUCAAAGAUGGGGAGCACCAACUCACAUGGGAAGUGCUAACAGUUCUUAAUGUAGAAAUAAUAAAAUUGGAUUCUUUUA